AUGCUAUCAAAAGUUGUUAUAAUGGCUGGUUCUUUUGAACCCAAGCACACAACAAGCAAGUUAACCUCAGAUGAUAUAAUUCGGUUCAACAGCACCAUGCUGGAAGCAACCAGGAGCAUACUGGAAAGGAGGGCUAGAACUUUAUACACCAUUCACCUGUUGCGCAUGCAAUUCUACUUGGGAGAUGAGUCCAUUUUCAUUGGCCAGACUGUUGCCAACACCAUAGCAACACAAAAGGUUGCUUCAGUUGAGUUUACAAUCUUGACGAAGGUGCGUAAAAAUUGUACAAAUAAUGACCUACUGACAUAUGGGAGACAGUUCAUGUCAUUCUUUGAUUCGUGUCCAAACACAUUUGGUUGUCUCGCACGCCUCAGGCUAGAGAAUUUGAGGUUAGGAGAAUCAGACUUCCCCAAAAUUUUCAGUAUAUGCAAGCAACUAGAGUUCCUCUUCCUCUAUGAAUGUGACAUGGGUAUUAAGUCUUUGCUGGAAGUGGAACACCCGCAACUCAGUGAACUAGUGAUUGCCUCUGGCUGUCUUGAGAGGGUUCAUCUGAAGUGGGCACCAAAGCUCACAAUACUGAAAUUCAAUGUUUUUAGAACUAAAGACGACCCCUUCUGUCUUGGCUAUGUCCCACUGCUCCAGACUGUGAGCAUAAUCAAUACUGCUUUCUCCUGGCACAAGAUGCUCAAGUUAAGUGAGUUGCUUGGUAAAACUGCCAUAAGCAACCUGCAUUUGAACUUCAAAAGUGAAAAGAUUUGGGUCAAACCGGAAGGUCGAAGACAAUUGUUACCGGUGUUCCACAAACUUAGGAUUGUGAAUUUGCUUAACAUUUCUGAAGAAUGCGAUCUUUCUUGGACAAUGUUCUUACUCCAAGGUGCACCCAACCUUAAAGAACUGCGCGUCUUGGUGCGGGAUCAUUUAUGUGAAAUGAUAACAGGGGAGCGGAGGAAGAUGUGUCCAUUUAGCGAGCAGAAGGACAAAGGAUUACAGUGGGAACCGUCUACAACCGACUUAAAGCACCACAACCUAACUAAGCUCAGUAUCUAUGGGAGGUUUCAAGCAGAAGACAAAUUCGUGAGCUAUGCCAGAAGUGUCAUGGAAGCAGCAGUGAAUUUGGAGGAGAUAAAACUAUAUAAAAGUCCAGUGUGUUGGAAGUGCAAGCACCUGCUGCAGGAGUGGACAUUGGAGGAGAAGUCAUAUCUUAGCUACAAAAUCAACAAAGGGAUGCCCUCGCUAGUCCGGAUUCACUUUCCGAGUUUAGGGCAAGUCUUAUCUUAG